AUGGCUUCCAUUCGCCGCAUGUCCCCGACGGACCUCUUCUCCCUCAACCUGACAAAUCUCGACCCGCUCACCGAAAACUACGAUCUGGGCUUCUACCUCAACUACUUGAUGCGAUGGCCGUCGCUCUUCAGCAGCGUGAAGGACCGCCGCGAAGGAAUUGCUGGAUACAUUAUGGGCAAACUUGAAGAACAACACCCCUCCCUCAAAGCCUCUGAGCACUACACCCCAUGGCACGGACACAUCACAGUGCUUACCGUCGCGCCGGCAUGGCGACGUCUGGGUCAUGCGCGCCGUCUGACUGAGCGGCUAGAGCAGGGGUCUGACAUCAACGACGCCUGGUUCGUGGACUUGUAUGUGCGGGCAGGGAAUAAGGUUGCGGUGGAUAUGUACAAGGGGAUGGGGUACUCGGUGUUCCGGCGCGUGGUCAAUUACUACAGCGAUGAUCCGACGGGGAUGUCGGAGAAGGGUGAGGAUGCGUACGAUAUGCGGAAGCCGUGUAGUCGGGACAAGAAACUGGAGCAUAUAAGGGAGAACGGGGAGAAUUUCCCUGUUAGUCCGGAGCAUGUUUCUUGA